AUCGAGCUUAUUGUUGAUGAGGAAGCAACGGAAGCAAGUGGUUAGGAAUUUCGUGUACGUGAUAAUGCUCUUUAGACAAAUUCACAUCAAUUAUAUUAUUUAUUAGACAAAUAAAAAGCACAAUUUGUUGAUAAAUUUCAUUUUCACGAGUCCAUCAGUUCCUAUAAAAUAGAAUUUUUAUUUUUUAUUACACAAAUUGCAUUAGUCAUGAAUUACACCAUGCAUGUUUUUGGUUUGAUUUUGUUUGCCGGAAUGGCUUCAUCGUCAGCAAUCGCACAAAUGUCUAUUCCACAACUAACAGUGGACAGCUACCCGGCAUAUGAUGAACAGUCCUCGACAGGGCUCAAGUCAACGACCAUUUUGGAGACUUCAACACUAUCGGAUGAAAAUGAUGAUCAAGAUUGUAUAUGUACACCUUACCAUAUGUGCAAAAGUCAUAAACCGGACUAUGAAGGUCACGCACUUAUAAAUAUAAGAAUUAACGCAGCUCCGUGUCAAAGUUAUUUGGACGUUUGUUGCAAUGAUGAUAAAAUUACUUCGACCGAAAAAUCUAUUCCUGAAGAUUAUAGCAAAGAACCAAGUAUUGACCAAAUAGCUGUUACUAAUAAUCCGUCUGACGGCCAAACAGAUGAUUCUAGUAAGAUUCCAUCUGGUGGUCAAAAAGAAGAAUUUACUAAAGAACCAUUCGUUGAUCAAAAAGGCAAUUUUGCUACAGAACCAAAUGUUAGCAUUAGUGAAGAUAGCUCUAACAAUCAAUCUGACAGCCAAACAGAUGAUUCUACUAAAAAUCCGUCUGAUGGCCAAAAAGAAGAAGAUACUAAAGAACCAUUUGUUGAUCAAAAAGAAGAUUUUACUAAAGAACCAAAUGUAAGCCAUAAUGAAGCUGAAAACACUAAAAAUCCAUCUGACAGCCAAAAAGAAGAAUAUAUUAAAGAACCAUUUGUUGAUCAAAAAGGAGAUUUUACUAAAGAACCAAAUUUAAACUAUAAUGAAGCUGAUAACACUAAAACUCCAUCUGAAGUCCAGACUGAUAUUUCUACUAAGAAUCCGUCUAACGGCCCAAAAGAAGAAUAUACUAAAGAACCAUGCAUUUGCCCAACAGAAGAUUCUACUAAGAAGCCGUUUGGCAGCCAAUCUGAGAAUCUUACCAAAGAUCCGUCUGUAGAUCAUUCGUAUGCAAUGACGGACAAAUCGAUUCUUGAAAAUAAUAUUAUUACAACAGAACCCGACCAAACCUCUAAUAACCAUCAAGAUCAACAUCAAUGUGGUACUUGGAAUAAAAAUGGAAUUGGUUUCAGAAUUGGAGAUGCAAUUGAUAAUGAAUCAGAGUUUGGUGAAUUUCCAUCAAUGGUGGCUAUAUUCAAAGAAAAAUUAUCGGAAGAGGGGGAAAAAAAACUUGUGUUGCAUUGCGGGGCUUCAUUAAUCGAGAAAGACGUCAUUUUAACAGCCGCUCAUUGCGUGAUAAAGGAAGAUAUCUCGACUUUAAUCGUCCGUGCAGGUGAAUGGGACUUAAAAACAGAAAAAGAAAUAUAUCCCCAUCAAGAUCGUAGAGUAUCCAAAAUUGUUACUCAUCCUGAUUAUAGCGAAAAAGGAAUUUAUAAUGAUGUGGCCUUAAUUUUUACCGACAACUCAUUUUCUUUACAAGAAAACAUCCAACCUAUAUGCUUACCUUCGACAGAUGAUAUUUUUAUUAAUGAUAUGUGUUACUCAAGUGGUUGGGGUAAAACUGUUUCUUACAAUAACUAUACAAUUGUUAAGAAAACAGAAUCGGGAAAAACUAAAGAAACUGGUCAAUACGAAGUCAGUAUAUUGAAAAAGGUUGAGCUUCCCAUUGUUCCUCGGAAUAAAUGUAUGGACGCUCUCAGGGCCACUAGACUUGGACCAAAAUUCGUAUUGCACGAUAGUUUCAUAUGUGCCGGUGGUCAAGAAGGAAAAGACACGUGUAAAGGCGAUGGUGGCAGUCCGUUAAUGUGUCCGUACAAGGAUUAUCCAGAUCGUCUAGUUCAAGUUGGUAUCGUAGCUUGGGGUAUCAGUUGCGGUUUGGCAGAUAUACCCGCGGCUUAUGUUAACGUCGCCGGUUACGUGUAUUGGAUUAAAAAUGAAAUAGAAAAAGGGCAUUGAACAUUUCUGUUUACAAAUAGUGUGUAUACAUUAGGUACCUGCAUAGUGCAUACAUACUAAUAUGUUCAAGUUGAACUUCUAUGGGAACCUAUAUUAAUUUAUUUUAUAUCAGGUCUAUUUAGACGAUUUUAUACAAUGUUCAGUACUAGUAGUAUAAUUAUCAUAGUUUUGGUAAGUUCACAUUAUUAUAGAAACCAUCAUUACCAUGAAAAAAUUAUUGCUUGAAAUAUAAUAUGUAGCAACAUGUUUAGUAGAACAUAAUAUAGUAUUCAUAUUAUAGAAUAUUUAGAAUUGUAUUAACAAGAUUGUAAUCAUUAUGUUAUUAUUACAUUUUUAAAGUUUUAAUUUUGAAUAAUGACACAACAUACCUGUACAGGAUACAUUGUAUUAUAUUAUUAAAGGCCUGCUUAUAUAAUUUAUAAUAUGAACACAGCAUA